AGCAGCAGAGAGGAAGGAAAACAGAUCUGUCUUACCUUUUCAUCUUAAAUUAAAGAAGAAACUAAAAAGGAAGAUGCAAUGUACCAUUAUCCCUAACUGCUAUUAUUGCAUUUCCACAAAAAAGUGGUGCCACUCAGUCCAAAACACCAUAAAUAUGCCUCUGCCACUUAGAUUUCCAGGAUAAAAAGUCAGCACAAUGUAAUUAUUGUAAUGAUAUGGUGAUAGCUACUGUGUUACUUGCAAUAAUGUUUUGGGAGUCUAACAUCAAGAUUAAAGCUGAAAGCUUAACAGUUAUAGAUAUUUAGAUCCAUGUGUCAUGCCACACAUGAGAGUGAGAGUGUUACUGUGGAUACAUGCUUGUACGAGAGUGAAAACUCCAAAACAUUCUCGAUGGCUCAUCAACCAUUUAACAUUUAACUUGGCAGACAAGUGCGAGGCAAUUUUAGACAGGUUACAGAAACGUUUUGUGCACAUCUGCCUCAAAGUUCUUUUCUCUGACUCUUCUCUCAGCCUCUAACUAUGUGAAAAUUGGGCUGUAUUCUGUUUAGACAUGUUCAUUAGGAGAUUAUUUUACCGCACAGCCUCAUGUUAGUUGUGGAAAAUUGGACAUAUUGUGAUAUGUCCAAUUUUCCACAAUUAACAUGUGGGCUCCCAUUAGCAAGGAAGAAUCUACCCUCACACACUCCUGCAAUAACAGAUCAUGAAUUGUGAUGUUCACUGUAAUCCAGGAGUUAUCUUGCGAUUAAGAAACCUACUGAUUUACUGUUUUACUUUACCUCAAUCUGCUUUGACACCGCUACAAUUUCCUGCAUUUCCUAGAAUGACUUUAUACAAAUCCCAGAGAUCUGGAGUAAACAUGUUGCUUUCAGUUGUGGAUUUUAAAGAUAGAAGCAAUAACAAUAGACACACUGGAGCGGAGAAUGAGAGGUUUUUUUCUUUCCAUCAGAGAAAAAGUUUUAUCCAACAAGGCUGCAAUAUAUUAGGAACUAGUGAGGUUGCUCUCAGUGCAUAAAAUGGUAUUUCUAUCUCUUCAGAAAAUUAUUUUUCCUUGUGUGAUUAUUUGUAUUAAAAAAAAUCUGCAAAAUGAUGACUGUCCAAAGAGUCCUUGCUCUAUUAUUCUAAAGUAAUGACACUAAAACCUGACAAACCAUGAAUACAAACCCAAUUGUUGUCAUGUUAUAAACAUUUCUCAACAGUAUUAGGCUAAAUCUAGCCUCCAGUUGGUAAAAAUCAGGGGAGACACUGAAAAAUAAUCAAUAUCAGUAAAACAAAAUGAUUAAUGUAUGGUUUAACAUAUGUUUAUUAUAUUUCACAUCGGUAUUGCAUGAAAUCUUCUAUAUAAAAAGACCGUCACUCAUAUUGUAUACAUCCCUGCAGAGCUAAUAUACUGAGUCCCAUUCACACAUUAAAGACCUUUUAGAAAUAUUACAGGGGUACUAGAGUGGAAUAUGAUUUACUGACUACAUUUUGAAUACUUCUCUCGGUCUGCAUUGCAUUUUGGUAGCUUCUUCACUUAGAAAUUGCUUUCAUCACAACUUCUCUCCUCCGAAGUUUUACAGGGAAUGAGGCUGCGGAGUCAGAUAACACAGGAUGUGGAUGGAAGAGGACUGCCACGUCUUCGCCCCUCCCCGCCGAGAAAACUCAUGUGAGGACGGCACACUGACUGUGAUUUUACCUGCGGUAACCCGUCAGUAACCCCUGCAAAAUGACUGAAAGCAGGGGGAGGAGGUACUUUUAAUUACUGCAAGGUAGCUGGUGUUAACUCGUUUACUCCCUAUCUUAAUUCAAAAGUAAUUCAGAGUAAUUAGCCGACAACAACAUAAUAAUAAUGAAGUUCCCAGUGAGUUUUAGCUUUUGCCCCUAAAUAGCAGAAUACCGUGGGCUCACUGAAGUGUGUAAUAUGUCAGGCUGUAUAACUUUUAACGUCCAAAAUGUGGCGUAUUAACAAAUAAAACCCGUAUAUGUUGCUAAAUGAAUGUAUUUAGUUACUGUAAGGCAGCAGCAUCCCACGCUGCAUUGCACUGGAAUGCCAUAACAAAAAUUCCUUCCUCCCAACCAAAAAAGUGUGACUGGAGGGAGGGAAUUCCUGCUGCAUGCUAGUGAGUUCAACUGGGUGGAGCUAAGUGUGUGUGAACUGGCAUUGACAGACACUUGGAGAAGUUCUUGAGAGAAUUGUUGCACAAUGAAGUUUGAAGAUGAAAUAUGACUUUAUGGGGAAUUCCAGGUGGUGAGUAAAGUUUAUUUUUCUUUCUUGCUUUUUCAUGAUUUUCUUUGCUUUUGUCUCCUUUUAUAUGUUAAAUGAAACAGCAAGCAGUCGUUACGUUAAUAUAAAUGGCUUUUCCAUAUAAGUGAGUCUACAAUGUAAUUUUUAAAUAUUUGUCCUUUUGCUGGUUAUUUUUGUGUAAUUUCUAAAAACAAUGUCUAACCUAAGUUUAAAAAAAAGUAAAUAAGAUGAUCAUUUAUACCAAACUUACCAUUAUCAUACCAGUUUAAUUUGUGUAAAUUUCGGUAAAUAUCUGUAUUAUUCUGUUAUUUACAUGAGACUAUUUCAGUAUUUUAUCUAGAUAAUGGCUUUAAAAUAAUAUGAAACACAGACUCAUAAUUAACAAGGUUUAGUUGGCCAAAACAGACUCCUCAAUUUAUAAAACAGACUAAACAAAAGAAAUAUUAAACAGAAAAAUAGUAGUUUAAUAACAUUAACAAAUUGGAAUAUUUGCAAUCAAAUGAGAACAAGAAAACAGAGUCUUUCUUGCUGUUAACUAGGGUGUAAUUUAAUAGUGCUGGAAUUAAUGUUAAAGUUGUUUUAUAUAUCACCUGUAAGUAGCAUUUAGCAUAUCAGUAUCAGCUGAGGAUGUUUUGACAGCUCAUGUUUAACCCUGGGAUGUCCUUAUGCUGUUCUUUACUGUGUGAAUUUCUCUUCACACCCAAACCUCUAAACCUGCAUAGAUACAGUAUAAACUGCUGUUCGAUUUAUUGCAGCAAACAUGUGAACCUGUCAUUCCUGAAGGCUAUUUUCAAGAGGUUAUCUUUCAGCCAGUUAGUGAGCACUGUAAAAGAUAAAGCUUGGCAAAAAUAGUUAACACUGGUUAAAGGACAAGCUGGUUUUGACUUUUUUUUUAUUUUAAUACAUAUUAUCAAACUAGAUUCAAGGCUGUGUAAAUGCACAAACCGAGAAAUGUCAUUGCUAUUGUGCGAUUCAUGAAUGCAUGACUCUCCUCUCCUGUAUGUGAGUUACAGCUCAGGGAGGCAGAGGAAGGGGUGGUGUACCUCAGCUGUGAAGAGUCUGUCCUCUAAUCAUGCACUGAAGCCCCUUCUUCCCAUCCUCUGUUUGGUGGUCGUGGUGAUUUAUGGUCUGGCUGACAAACUCCGAAACUUCGUGGCCAGCAUCUUCAUCCCUCAGUACCACUACCCGUAUGCAGUGGCUCUCUGCUUUGCCCAGGUUCUGGUUUCUCUGUUAUUCUUAAAUCUCCUCCAUGUCCUGGAUCUGGUGCCUCUGAAGCAGUACUCCAGGUCUCUGGGUGAGCGGUUGCUGGUUCCUGCUAUCUGUAACAGCGUCCAUGCUGUGCUGGCCAUGUGGGCCAAGGCCAGCAGCUCAUAUGCUGGCCUCAUCCCCCUCACCAUGCCUCUGCUGCCCCUGUUAACUGUGGGUUUGAGUUUCGCCCUGAAGCUGGCAUCGCCACCGUCUAUCCAUAUCUCUGUUCUGUUUUCCAUCCUGAGUGGGUCAUCUAUUGUCAUCACAGCCUCCCAGGGUGUGUUUGGUGUUGAGUCCCUGGAGUACAUGUAUGCACCCCUGGCUUUAAUCCUCCACAGUCUUUCUCUGACUUGGCUGGCUAAAGUGGCUGAAGCUGAGCGCCAACACUCCCCUGAUGCCCAGGCCUCCAUUUUUGACAUCUACUACACCCAGCUGGUCAACCAGAGCUGGAUGCUAGGCCUUCUGUGGCUGCUGCACCCGGACAAUCCCUGGCAGGUGUUGAGUAAGGGCAGCUGGCACAGCCUGCUCUUCCAUGGUUACCUGCACGCCAUUCUCCUGCUGGGGAUGGUCCUGAACUUCAUGGUCGGUAUAUCCGCUCUGUGUGUCUCACCGCUUGCUGCUGCGCUGCUCCACUCAGCAAGAGAGCUGGUGCAGCCAUUUACCCAGCUUCUGUAGUUUUACUCUAAAGGACAGAUAUAUAUUCUUGACCAUUUUGUACGGUACCAACAAAGACAUAUGCACAUAGUAAUUUAAUCCAAAUCACUGAUCAGUGUUAUUUUAUUCUGUGGAGAAUAACAAGUUACAUCACUUCUUUUCUUUCCUUCACAGUCACAUAACCUGUACCACUCAGGCACUUUAUCUCUUUAUACACAGUUUAAAUUAGCUUGUUAUUAAUUUGCAAUAUGCUAUCACAGUUACAGUGACCAACAUACAUUAAUUAUUACUUCAAGUAAUGGCUUGUUGCUUCUUUCCUAACAUUAUGUAUUUUAUCUGAGCCGAUCAUAUUUGUAUUGUAUUAUAUGUAAGACCAUAGAGUUGGGCUCAAUAAUCUCAACACAGACUAUUUUUUAUCUUUUAAUUUCAUUAACCAGUACUCAGUUGAUAGGUCUAAUUAUUAAAGGUCAUUUGGUUCUAAUACACAUGCAGACUGUUAGAUUACUCACAUAGUUUUUGCAUUAUAUAUUUAUUGUAAAUACUAACAUGUACUGCACAUAUCUCUAAUAUAUAUGUCUUUUUCUGCAGUAUUGUCGCGAGUGUUUAGUGCAAGUGUUUAUAAAACUGAUUUCUGUUGAAAAAUACAAGCAAAAAUGUCAGAAGAGUUUAGUGAAGCAAUAGAGCACCAGCAUCUGUGCAGGACAGGUAGCAGUGUGACAAAAAACACCUGAUGACCAUCCAAGCGAACACCCUGUUCUUGUUAGUCAAAGUACAUUAGGUACCUUUUUAAAACAAUGAUAGACAGAGCGUGGCCUUAAAGGGAGAGUAGCAGUUUCACAAACAAGUACAAAUCAGCAGCAUGCGUCAAACAUUACCAGUUUUCUUUUAGAGCUGGGGGUCAUAUCAUAGUAACAAAGUAUAUUUUUUCUAUGGUUAUAUUUAUGGAAAAUCUGCAUAGUAGAAAAAUUUUCUGAUAAACAAUGAAACUAAGUAUAUUGAUAGUAGACACAGGCUUUUGGACCUUCCUGUAAACAUGAUGUCAUUUACUAAACAAAAGAUUUUAACUCCCAUCUUUCACUGCAUGAGCUUUCAACCAGAUUACAAGGGAUAACCAUGAGGAGAAAGUUGUUUAUAUAGUGGACACAGACUGUUGAACUUCUUUAUUACUGUACAUGUUUACUUUGCAGUGUUUAAAAUAUUUAAACUCAGAUCCAUUACUGAAUGAAUUUUUGACUCAAGUUUUGUAGAAGUUACCCUUGAAUGAACCUGACAGCUAACGUUUGUCAGAUGAGAAAGGAAAUACUUCAUUGAUGUUCACACACGUUUCUCUACUGAGGCUGCUGUAUUGAAAUUUACUGUAAGUUAUCAUAAGCUAAACUCCUGUAUGUCUUAAUAUAAGAAUAUGCUAUUAUUAUUAUGCGUUCUCAAAGUGUGAAGUAUUAAAAAGUUAAUAAACUGAUUUGAGACUGAAACAAGACUUUAUUUCCAAAAAUAUUUAUUUUGUUUCCAAGAAACCAAUGUAAGUGCUGUCAAAUCAUCUGUUAUCAGUACACACAGUCACACAUUACACAAAACAGCAUUUAUUAAAAACCUACUGUAAACCUGAUCAAAACUACACAAUCCUUCACUGUCAGUUUACCAUGAUUUCAAAUAAACAUGGAGUUGGUGGA